AUGGAGUCACCAGCAGGGGAGUGGCGCGGCCAAGCCAUCACCAAGCCGCAUUUGUACUGGGUGGUGCCAGCUGACCCUAUGAAGGAUGACCGCAGCCUGGCCAAACUUGUAAGUGAUGAGGUGAAGCCCACGAAAACUGCAGCAGCAGUUGAAGAUCCUACGCCCUUGCAAUGUGAAGUCCCCGAAGUGUCCACAACAUCGUCUUCGAGCACACAGAGUACAUGUCCGACAGCGGUCCAAGUGAAACCAAUGCCUGAUGCUGUGGCCCAUUCGGAGACACCCACGGGUUCCGCCGGAGUGAAACCAAUACCUGAUGCUGUGGUCCAUUUUGAGCCACCCACGGGUUCCGCCAGUGCUGCAGUGAAGAGACCGCAGAAAACAAGUAGUGAGAAAACAAAAAAACAUGGCAAAAAGCGCAAACCAGUAGAAGAUCCAGAAACACCUGAGGAAAAGCCCAAGAAGAUUUUGCCAGAAGGCUGUGGCGGUUUUACCACAAAAGCCAUGUCAUGUCAGAUUUGUUCCCGGCCGCGGGAGGUUGACCAAAGAGGCUCCGCGUGCCCAACUUGUUUGCAAAUCAUGCGGGGCAAAGAUUUUAACGUCCGCAGUAUCUCCAAAGUGCAGGCUGACAAGGCCAUGCACGUUGCAAUUCGAUCCAAGUCUUUGGAGAUGAAACCCAUCCGUUCACAGCAGCAGGAAGAGCACCUUCGGAACACACUUUCCCAGGUGGAAAAGUACCUUAAAGAACUCAAGCGCAUGGUUUAG